AUUAUUGAAUAAUCAUCAUCCAAAAAUUGAUUUUAAUCGAGCUUCAAUCAGACACAAUAAAUUGGCCGAACUAUUACGUCGAUCAACUAGUAAUCAAUUACAAUGUUCAAUGUUUUGUGGUGGACGUCGUUGUAAAUAUGAUAAUCCAGAUGGAUGGCCAAUUGAAGAUCGUGCAUUAGAACCAUUAUAUUCACAUUGGAUAACCGAUAAUAUAUUGGCAAUGGCCAGACCAAAUACCGAUAUGAUUUUCAAUGAUAAUCUUAUUGAUUUAUUCCGUCAAUCGGGUAUCAAUACGAUUAUAAAUUUACAGGAACCAGGUGAACAUGCUAAUUGUGGUCCACCAUUAGAAACGACCAGUGGUUUUACUUAUGAUCCAAAAAUAUUUAUGGAUAAUAAUAUAUAUUUUUACAACUAUAAAUGGAGAGAUUUUCUUGAUAUCAAUGAAGAAUCUAUGGCCGAUAUGGUUAAAGUAUUGACAUUUGCAUUAUAUCAGGGUCGUGUUGCAAUACAUUGUCAUGCUGGUCUUGGUCGUACUGGUACAUUGAUUGCUGCAUUUUUGAUCUAUACAUUUCGUUGUCGUGUGAUGGAUGCAAUAAACUUCGUACGAUCAAAACGACCAAAUUCAAUUCAAUCACGUAGUCAGAUUUCUAUAUUGUUUAAGUUUGCCAAUUAUAUUGCACCUUGUUUUAUUGUUUAUAAUAAAUUAUCAUCAUCAUCAAUACGAUCAAUAAUGCCGAAUACAUUGGAAGAAUUUCUUCAUCGACAAAAUCGUCUAUUACAUGGUAAAGAAUUAAGAAUUUUACGUUAUAUACCGAAAAUUGUGUUCAUUAUUUGUGAAAAACUUCUUCAAUUAACAACAAAAACAACACCAACAGUGAAAACAACGAUCAAUACCGAAAUAAAUCGUUUGAAUGAUUCAAAAGAAGAGUGGGAAAAUUUCACACAUAAUUAUCUAAGUCAUCCAUAUCAUUCAUCAGUAGAAAUUGAUUAUGAAAAAAUUCUUAUGGAUGAUCAAAAAAAUGGUACAAAAUUAAGAACAAAAAGUGAAUCAUCAUCAUCAUCAUUAUCAUCGACAUCACAACGAAGACAUAGCCAAGAAGAUGAACAACGUUUAAUCGAUGCAUUAACCGAUAAUGUAAAUGAUGUACGUGAUGAACAGAUAACAGAUGCGAAGGAUAUGGAAAAUCUGAAUAAUAUGGAUUCAUCAAAAUUAAUGGCUGAACAUCGUGCUAGUAUGAUAUUUGAUUCGGAUCUAUUUAAUUCAUCAUCAUCUGCAUCUGCAUCAUCAUCCACAUUAUCAUCAUCAUCAUUUGAUAAUUCAUCAACAAAAUUAUCACAACAGACAAUCAUUGAAGCAUUGAUUGAACAGCCAAAAAAUGAUGAUCAAGAAUUUAUGAAAAAAAUUCUUGAUUAUCAACGUGAAAUUAAUAAUAAACCAAGCGGUUGGAACCGAUUAAGAUUCGAAACAGAUGUUAAAAUAUUAUCCGCCUUAUUGAUGACUUGGUUUGAAAUGUUUGAUGUACCAAUAUUGAAUAAUCGAAUUAUUGUCAAAUUGAAUAAUUAUAAAAAACAACGACCAAAACAGAAUUUUAUUAAUUGUUUUCAUUCAAUUGAAAUUGGUACACGAUUUACUUUGGAAUAUCUUGCACGUUUUAUAAUCAAAUUAUCAUCACCCAUUUCGGAUGAUUCUCAUCAUCAUCAACAUUCAAAACUUGUUGCAAGAUUUAUUGCUAGUUUAGCAAUGAAAAAAAUUCGUUUCAAAUCAGAAAUAUUGCCAUGUAAUGCAAAACGUACAUGGCCAUUUAUGGAUGAUCGUAGCCAAAUUUUAUUGGAUUAUUUUCAUGAAUUAAUCCAUAUGGUUAUUGCUCAUGAUCGUUCUAAUCAAUUCAAUUAAUUAAUGAUAUUUAAUUAGACAAAAUAAUGUACUAUUUAAAAGUGACCACAAAAUUAUUGUACAAAAUAAUACUAUAAAGACUAGCUGAUGAA